GCCCGGGCUAGAUGCACCAACAGUGGAGAGGAGACGGGAGCAGAGAGGAGGAGAGGAGGAGGAGAGGAGGAGGAGGCUGCAGAGAGAGAGAAUACAAAGAGCAUGUGAGUGUGUCGGAGUGUGUUAGUGUGUGCAGAGGUGCAUGUGUGUGUGUUAGAGUGUGUGUGUGUGUGUGUAGCGAGCAGGAAACCUGAUCUCCCUCUGAGGACUGAACGCUCUGCGUUAGCUUCCCCGCUACCGCUACCCGCUCCUCCUCGCUGCUCCUGCUGCUCCUGCUGCUGGGAGGUGUUUGUAGCCAGCCGGUGUCGGGGGCUGAUGGAGCGCUUCCUGGCCCUGCUGCGCCUCCUGGGCCGGAGGAGGCGCGGGAGGAGGUACCGCGCCGAUGACGACUACCAGGAAGGCUACGAAGACGUUUACUACUACACCAGCAAGUACAACACACACCUACUGAAUGAGGGGCCGUACACCAAACACUCUGCCGGGUCGAGGCCUCCAGAUGGAGCGCUGGCCAUCAGGAGGCAGAGCAUCCCAGACGAGUUUCGGGGCUGCUCGGUGGUGGAGCUGAUGAAGAAAGAAGGGACGACGCUGGGCCUGACGGUCUCAGGAGGCAUCGACAAGGAUGGGAAGCCCCGGGUUUCAAACCUGCGACAGGGAGGCAUCGCUGCCAGGAGCGACCAGCUGAACGUUGGCGACUACAUCCGAGCCGUCAACGGCAUCAACCUCGCCAAGUUCAGACACGACGAGAUCAUCAGCCUGCUGAAGAACGUGGGGGAGCGGGUGGUGCUGGAGGUGGAGUACGAGCUGCCGCCCGUCUCGGUGCAGGGGUCAGGGGUCAUGUUCAAGAACGUGGAAGUCACGCUUCACAAAGAAGGAAACAGCUUCGGCUUCGUCAUCAGAGGUGGAGCCCAUGAAGACAGGAACAAGUCCCGGCCGAUCGUCAUAACAACCAUCCGGCCCGGCGGCCCGGCUGACAGGGAAGGAACGGUGAAGCCGGGCGACCGGUUGCUAAGCAUUGACGGGAUCCGUCUCCACGGCAGCACGCUGUCGGAGGCCAUGAGCAUCCUGAAGCAGUGCGGGCAGGAAGCCACGCUGCUGCUGGAGUACGACGUCUCAGUGAUGGACUCUGUUGCCACGGCGUCGGGGCCGCUGCUGGUGGAGGUCGCCAAGGCAACGGGCUCCAGUCUGGGCGUGGCUCUGUCCACCUCGAUGUUCUGCAGCAAGCAGGUCAUCAUCAUCGACAAAGUCAAACCCGCCAGCAUCGCAGACAGGUGCGGUGCUCUCCAUGCAGGUGAUCACAUCCUGUCGGUCGACGGGAAGUCGAUGGAGUUUUGUUCUCUGGCUGAAGCGACUCAGCUUCUCUCCGCCUCCUGCCAGACCGUCCGCAUGGAGAUCCUGCCCCAGCACCAGGCCCGACCGGCCCUGAACGCACCACAGCACGUCAAGGUGCAGCGUAGCCCCCGUACCCUCCCCUGGGAGACCGGAGGCUCCGCCCCCAUCCUCCCCCCCUACCACUACAACACCUACCACCCCGACCAAUCAGCUGCCAGAUCGCACAACCGCCAUACAAACAACCCUCCUCUCAGCCACUCGUUCUCUCCGGGCUCCAUGUCGGCGUAUAGUCUCUCGUCCCUCAACAUGAGCACUCUGCCCCGGAACAUGUAUCCAACGAGUCCUCGGGGAACGCUGAUGAGGAGGAAGGCCAAGAAGAAGGACUUCAAGAGCUCCUUGUCUCUGGCGUCCAGCACCGUGGGGCUCGCCGGGCAGGUCGUUCACACGGAAACCACCGAGGUGAUGUUGCUAGGCGACGGCAUCAUGGGCUUCGGCCUGCAGCUGCAGGGAGGAGUCUUCGCCACGGAAACGCUCUCCUCGCCGCCGCUCAUCGCCUACAUCGACCCCGACAGCCCCGCAGAGAGGUGUGGGAUCCUGCAGAUCGGGGACCGGAUCCUGUCUAUAAACGGAGUUCCCACCGAGGACUCGACUCUGGAGGAAACCAACCAGCUGCUCAGAGACUCGUCCAUCACGGCUCAGCUCACGCUGGAGAUCGAGUUCGACGUCGCCGAGUCGGUGAUUCCCAGUUCAGGAACGUUUCAUGUGAAACUCCCAAAGAAACCAGGAGUGGAGCUGGGAAUCACCAUCAGCUCUCCGUCCAACAGGAAACCAGGAGAUCCUUUAAUCAUCUCCGACAUCAAGAAGGGCAGCGUGGCCCACAGGACGGGGACGUUGGAGCUGGGUGAUAAGCUGCUGGCCAUCGAUAACAUCCGGGUGGAGAACUGCUCCAUGGAGGAAGCUGUUCAGAUCCUGCAGCAGUGUGAAGAACUCGUCAAGCUGAAGAUCAGGAAGGACGAAGACAACUCUGAUGAGCAGGAAGUGUCCGGCAGCAUCAUCUACACGGUGGAGCUGCAGCGAUACGGAGGUCCUCUAGGAAUCACCAUCUCUGGGACCGAGGAGCCCUUCGACCCCAUCAUCAUCUCCUCUCUGAGCAAGGGAGGCCUGGCUGAGAGGACCGGGGCGAUCCAUAUCGGUGAUCGUAUCCUGGCGAUCAACAGCAGCAGCCUGAAGGGAAAACCUCUGAGUGAAGCUAUCAGCCUGUUACAGCAGGCAGGAGAGACGGUCACGCUGAAGAUCAAGAAGAUGGGAGAACUGUCUAGCCCGAAGUCGUGUCUGAUUGGUUCGGGCCUGGGGGCGGGGCUUGUCCACGAGCACCAGGACGGCGAGGACGAGCCCAUCGUCAUGGUAGCGCCGCUGUCCGGCCAGCGAGCCUUCAGCACGCUGCCGUCGGUGGACAGCGCCGUGGAGUCCUGGGACGGAUCCAACAUGGACAGCAGCUUCACCAGCCCGGCUCCGCCCUUUCAGUCGUCUCCGUACAGUUUCCACGAGUGGCGCAACGCCAAGACGACCAACAGCCAAUCAUCUUCCUCCGCUCGCCAGAGAGCCAAUCCGCUGUCAGAUCUGGGCCUGAGUGACGACGACUGGGACCGCCCCCCGCUGGGAGGAGCCUGUAAUCUGCCCAGCGGUCUAAUCACUGACAGCAGGUUCACUGUGGGACACGAUGGGACAGAACCGGACCAGGAGGAGAACUUCUGGUCUCAGGCUCUGGAGGACCUGGAGACCUGCGGACAGAGCGGCAUCCUCCGGGAGCUGGAGGCAACCAUCAUGUCAGGCUCCACCCUCAGUCUGAACCAUGACCCCACCCCCAUGCGCAGCACACUGGGACGCCAGGCGAGCUUCCAGGAGCGCAGCAACUCCAAACCACAGGUGACCGCUCGGUCCAACACCUUGCCCUCUGACCCCCAGCGUCGAGCCUUUGCCAUGAGGAAGAUGAGGCAGGAAGUCAAUGAUAUCCUAAACCAGAGCCCUGUGGAACUCCACAAGCUGACUCUAGAGAAGGCUUCAGAUCUGGAGGAUUUUGGUUUUAGUGUUUCUGACGGUAUGUUGGACCGCGGCGUCUACGUCAACAACAUCCGACCUGGGGGCCCGGCAGAGCGGGGGGGCCUCCAGACUUAUGACAGAAUACUGCAGAUUAACCACGUUCGGACCAGGGACUUUGACUGCUGCCUCGUCGUUCCAUUGAUCGCCGAGUCUCCGAACCAUCUGGAGCUCGUCAUUAGCCGAAACCCCAACUCCUCCACCUCCCUGCUGGUCAAUCACACUGACGGCAUCACCAACAGCAGCCACUCCCCUCAGCCAAUCGGCAGCGAGUUGGGCCCAUCGGAGCUCUCCAUUGGCCAGGGAGAGGAUGGCGGUCCGAUCAAGUGGAGCCAACCGGGAGACGGGCUGGGUCAAGUGAAUAAUAAUUCCUUAUAGCAGAAAAACACUGGAUUAACGCGGUUCUGACCAGAUUGGACUGGAGUGGUCAACAAGGAGAACAAUACAACAAAGUUGAAUAAAACUGGUUUAGACCCGUCCAAACUGGUUCAGAGUGGACCUCCCAUGGUGCUACACACACCCUCUGGAUGAACUUUGACCUUUGACCACUAAAGUUUGACCAUUGAACUGCUGAAGCAGCCUGAAAGCACACUGAUGGACCGGAGCAACUCCUCACCUUUUCAUUGAACCAGUUCUGCAUACUGUUCAAACUGGUGUCACUGGAACCAGAACUAUAACUACUGAUCCUACUGGAACCAUAGCCAGAGCUACUGGUCUAUCUGGUCCGAAAUUAAUGGGCACUGGUUCUACUAGCCCAGAGCCAUGGCUACUGAUUCUAUUGAAGCCAGAGCCACAGCCAAUGGUACUGGUUUAAGAUUAAUGGUUACUGGUUCUAAGAGCCUUGAAAGAGGGCUACUGGUCCUACUGAAGCCAGAGCCAAAGCCAAUGGUUUUAUUGGUUCAAGAUGUGGGUUUGGUCUUAGUGGUUGGAGAAUCAUGGUUAUUGAUUCCACUAAAGCCAGAGCCAUAGCCAGUGGUAUGACUGGCUCAACACACAUGGGCUCUGGUCUUAGUGGUAAUAAAACCAUGGGUACUGGUCCAACUCAUGGGUUCUGGUCUUAGUGGUGACAAACCCAUGGAUACUGGUGCCACUCAAGCCACAGCCAGUGGUUUUACUGGUCCAACACAUGGUUCUUGUUCAUGAGUGGUGACAGAAUCAUGGGUACUACUAAGCCAGAACCACGACCAGUGCUUCUACAAGUUCAGAAAUGUGGCUCCUGGUCUAUCUGGUCUUACUAGAAUCAGAACCAGGGCUUCUGGUUGUACUGGCCAAGGACCACAGCAGCACAAAGACUGAUGGGACUCCAGAAUCUAGAACCUGGUGAUGGACAAACGGGUUGCCAAGAAGAAUAGGGAUGCUCCGAUUAGUCUAUCUAGAGCCGAUGUCACUGGGAUCGUCCAAACCAAUACUUAUUACUGACUGUUUUCUGUUCUUAAACAUUGAUUUAUGUCAAAGUCUUAACAUGGAUAUUCAAAGUUGUGGGUAGAGGGUUCGGUUACAGCAUAAGCUUAAAGAUGGUUAUGGUAAAGUACAAGUCUCAAGAUGGUAUCAAGUAAGUAUCAAGUCGCAAAUGGUUGUUUGAGCUUAGGAACAGACAUAGUUGGGUUAAGGUGUGGGUUUGGUGUUAGGAUAAGAAUCUAGAAUCCAUAAGACCACAAUAAAGUUUAGCUGCUCAAAAUUGUUCUUUGAUAUAUUGCGUAAGUAAUCGUCCAAAAGUCCAUUGGAAAAGAACUCCAAAAUUCCCCAUUGGCUUGUAGAGUGCUAUCAGAUUCCACCAUUGGUAUUUUUGUUUCAGCAUGCACGAAAAGUCUUAGACUGCUUAAAAAAAUGAAAAUUUGAACAUCUACAAUACCAUGACAGCUUGGUAUGGAUGGGUAUCCGUACUCAACUAGAUAUUAAGACCCAUACCUACCUAGUUUUAUCAAAACUUCUAUCAAAUGACUAUGGAUCAUUUUUUGUACCCAGAUCAAGAGGGUUGACUAUUUGUAUGGAUUUGCUCAUAGCCAAUCACCUUUAGGAUUCUUUCAUUUAGGGCACGGCCACACAUACACAAAUUCGGAGGCAGUAUUCGUUUGUCAAAGUUCACCAAAGUUGUACUUGGUGCAAUGCUUAGUUCCCCCCACUUAUGGUACCCUAAAGGUGGUAUCACUUUUGGUGCUGUAAUUACUUAAAGGAUACUUGGCCCUACAACUGGGCAAACUUGUUUUUUUGACAGCUAUUAAAUAAAUGGACCUUGUGAUGAGAUUUGUUUGGAGAUUUGGAGUUUUAGACUCCAACGUCCAAAUAGACAUACAAUCGCAUACAGUACAUAAAACAAAUACACAUUGUAAAAGGCGUUAUAUAUCACCUAAUAUUUAAAAAAAAAAGAGUGCUUAUGCAAAUUCAAUAAAAGAGCAUCUAAUAAAUAAUGGAAGUAAAAAGUGGCAGAUAAAAAACAGUGCUUAUACACUUCCUAUAAAAGACAUAAAUACCAGUGUUUCCACAUGUUGGAAUGGUAUCUCCCAGAACUACACCUUGGAUUGGUCAACUGUAUAAUAAGAUUAUUCUGGGACCCCUGCAGUCUACAUAUAAACUGAUACGUCAGUCUUCUCAAUAACAUACUUUUUUUUCCUAUUUAUUAUAAGUCAAUUUCUAAGACCAAAAUCAAGUCAGUAAUGAUCAGCUGGUACUGAUUGGAGCAUCCCUAAUGAAAUGUACAGAAAGACAGAGGGUUUACUGUUAAGAUUUAAGUUCUGUGCCAUGAACGAGCUGCAGACUGGAAGAGUAAUAAUAAUAAUCAUGUCAAUAAUGAUGAUGAUGAUGAUGACACUGAGCAGUUCAAUAAGAAUCUUUUUCUACUGUUUACACCUGUUGGACUGGCCACACUGUGUGUAUGUAUGUGUGCGUGUCUGUGUGUGUGUUUGUAUGUUAUGUGUGUGUGUUAAACACAAGGCCAGUUAAGCCCCUCCCACCUCAAUUCCUCGUCUUGGCUUUGCCCCGCCCCCUUUCCCUCCCUUCUUCCCUCGACCAAUAGGCAGCCAGGAUGACAGACAGACGGCAGUUCUGAGGGAUUCAGAUGAUUGGCUGGAACCAAUCAGGAAACAAAAACUUCCCUGCCUUUCUGUGAUUGGUUCUCCUCGACACACAGGCCGACCAAUCAGCUACCAGGAAGAAGCCAAGCAUGCCCCCACCCUGACGACCCCGCCCCCCCACACCCGGCCCCUCCCUCCCACCCCCCAGUAACAGUGAUCUAUUAUGCUAAUCGAUCGGUGUGUUUUUUGAUUGACUGUUGUCAGUUUUCUCUGUUUGUUUGUUUGUUUGUUUCCAUGACGGCUGAACCUGAAAAGAUGUAAAAUAGAUUAAAAAACGGUUCAGUCCCGUCGCUGUUCACAUCGAGACCACAUCCAACCCCCGAUACCGUCACCUCAUCACCACGGAAACAACAAUGUUACGCCAGAAAAAAAUCCUGAGGAAACAGGAAACCUGUGACAGUAAAUACGUGUGUGUGUGUGUGUGUGCGUGUGUGUUUGUGUGUGUGUGUGUGUGUGUGUGUUUGUGUGCGUGUGCGUGUGCGUGUGCGUGCAUGCGUGCGUGCGUGUGUGUGUAUGUUUAAUUUGGAGUGAUGUCAACAUCCUGCUCUCACAUCCGUCUGAACUCACUAUUUAAACUGGCCAAUCAGAACCCUCCCUCAGCACAAACCGCCAGUAGAAACCAUAGAUGUAUAUAUAAACAUUUCUCAUAGAUAUCUAUGGUAGAAACCCUCGCAAUCGUGCGCCGCCACACGCCCAUGCUUUGGAUCGGAGAGCUGUGAUUGGGUGUUUUUGUGUAGAUAGUUGUGAUUGGCUGUUUGACUCCGUCCCAAACUCUGUUAACUGUGAACCUAAAGCACAAUGCUAGCAUUUAGUUAGCAUGUGGCUAGCAUAGGCCUAACAUGUGGCUACAAUAGAGUAAACACAAACAGCACAAGGCUAACGCUAGCUACGGUUACCACCUAGCGAACAUAGAUUUAACAUCUGGUAAAUAUUGCAGGUGUCUGUUUAGCAUGUGGCUAAUAUAUGAUUAGCACAGACUUAAAA